AUGGCUGUAAAACGCCUUCUGCGGUAUCUUCGGGCUGCACAAACUUACGGUCUUCUCAUUUCUCGACCUAAAACAAACCAUAUCAAUGCCUAUGCUGAUGCAGAUUGGGAAACCAAUCCCGAUGACUGCAAGUCAAUCACUGGUUUUACUGUAGCUUGUUCCAAAUUUUCAAUAGAAAUCUUUUGGAGUUCCUAUGGAGUUUCAUCUUCUUUCCAUCUUUGCUUUAUUCUGUCUUGCUUUAAGAGGAAGCAAAGCAAUGCUUCUUUACCUGCAGAGGUGUAUUGGAAGUCCAUGCUACCAAACACAUCCAUGCCCAAAGCUCUACAAGAUCUUUUACAGCCUGGAAACGAAAUCACUAUUUCAUUUGCAGAGGACGACUCUAUCAACUCCAGGGGAGGCUAUGGACAAAACGGAGUUGAGUAUAACGUUGCAUAUUGGAAUGAAUUGAGAAAAACUAGUUUCAUACCAAGUACACCCACUAUAUUCUUCUUAUAUGAUGAUCUCCUUCCUCACAAAAACAUGACCCUUAAUUUUACUAAAUCAAACAAAACCUCCAAUUUCUUGCCAAGAAAAAUUGCUGAGACCAUACCAUUUUCAAGCAAUAUGUUACCACAAAUUCUCAAAUAUUUUUCCAUAGAACCUUCGUCAAAGGAAGCUCAAACUGCGAAACGAACAAUUGAAGACUGUGAGGCACCAAAUAUUAGGGGAGAAAAUAAAUAUUGUGCUACAUCUUUAGAAUCACUAGUUGAUUUUGUCAUUACAAAGUUUGGGAAGAAAGUUCAGGCGCUUGCGAAUGAGGCAGAAAAGAAGAAUAAAGAACAGGAGUAUACAAUUUUAAAGGGAAUCAAAAUGAUUGGAGAUAAUCAAAUAGUGUGCCACAAGCAGAGGUAUGCAUAUGCUGUAUUUUACUGUCAUACAAUCAAUGCCAUGAAGGCUUAUACGAUUCCAUUGGAAGGCGUUGAUGGCUCCAAAGCUAAAGCCAUUGCAGUAUGCCACACAGAUACAUCGGCUUGGAACCCCAAGCAUAUUGCCUUCCAGAUCCUAAAGGUUAAGCCUGGAGGACCUCCAAUUUGCCACUUCGUUAAUAGUGAUACCAUUGUUUGGGUACCCAACUAGACUAUGUUUAGUAAGAUGUAUCAAAAUUAUAAUAAUGGAAUGCAUAUCUAUCUUCCAUUAUUUUGUUUAGUUAUAUAAUAAUAAUUUAAUGUAAUGGAUUGGUAAUUA